CAAUCCAACUGUCAAAAAUUCUCAAAGCAAAGCAUCAUCUUUCAACUUACCACAGGCAAAAAGAGAAAGCACCGAAUUAGCAACAAAAACUUCUCUUUGGCAUUUCGUCGAACAGUGACUAAUCAUCACCAAUGAUGAGGAGAGGUGCAGGCGCAAGGGGCGACCCCAUGCACAAUGCCAUCGUCCGGCGAAUCGUGAGCAUCCCGAGAAACCUUCUCGGUGGGUUUUCAAGAGCGGUGAGCCAUGGAAUCGACCUCAUGGGAAUCGGAGGAAGAAGAUCCCAUUAUCUUCCACAGCCGAGUUUCCCUCCACAAUAUCCACCCGAACCCAGCAUCGUUCAAGAUGAGUGGGCGUUUCUGAACUGUUUCGAGCAGCAGUACGGCGGCUCGCACCCCUUCUUCUACGCCUGCCGGUUCACGGAAGCUCUGAAGAUGGCUCAGGAAGAGCACAAGUUCGUGUUCUUGUACCUCCACUCGCCGGAACACCCCUUCACGCCGCUGUUUUGCAGGGAGACCUUGUGUUCGGAGCUGGUGGUGCAGUUUCUCGACACGAACUUCGUUUGCUGGGCGGCGCUCGCAAACGGCGGCGAGGGCUUGCAGAUGACGGCUACUUUGCAGCCCGCCAGCUACCCAUUCUGUGCGGUGCUGGCUCCGGCCUCCGGCGACAACUUAGCGGUUCUGCAACAGAUUGAAGGCCCGGUUUCGCCGGCUGAACUGGUGGAGAUCCUGCAGAGGACACUGGACGAGCAAGGAUUGGCGUUUGGAAGCGGCAGGGCCAGGGAAGAAGAGAGGACAAGAGUGGAUCGCCGGCUGAGACAAGAACAGGAUGCAGCAUAUCUUUCAGCUCUUCAGGCGGACCAGGAAAGAGAUAGGCUGAAGAGUUUGGCUUCUGAUAGAAGAGCCCAGAAACAGGCAGAAACUUCAAGCAAAGCAAACACUCAGAAGCAUUGGCAAAAUCCCAUUCCAAAGCAGGCCAGUCAAGUGAAGGAAACAACUAGCAAAAAAGAAGCUCAACCCAAGGAUCCUGCUACUACCACAGCAAAUGGUGCUCAGCUCACACAGAUACAGAUUCGGUUCCCAAAUGGUGAAAGGAGAGAGCAAAGCUUCAAGUCCACAGACAAGAUACAAGCCAUUUACAGACACAUUGACUCACUGGGAAUGCCAGGGGUUGCAAACUACAGGCUAAUAUCAAGCUUCCCAAGAAGGGUCUAUGGGGUUGAUCAGAUGGGGAUGACUCUGAGAGAAGCAGGUCUCCAUCCUAAAGCAAGCCUCUUCUUAGAGCUUAUGUGAUCUUAUUAGUUGUUUGUUCUCAAAAGUAUGUCCUCAACAACAACACCUUGUUUGUUGGCACAUUUAGAGUUCUUAGUUACAUAAUUUUGGCGUAAAAAAUGUGAUCUGAAUGAUGUGAUCCUAAUAUUUUUAUGGUUAUAAAUCAUUUU